AUGCCUUUAUGCCAGCCUGCGAUCUUUAAUAACCAUGCCUCCUCCAUCACCACUGCUUUUACACUGCUCUCUUACCAAGACCUCCUGGAAGAGCUGAAGAAGGUCCAGUUCCAACUCAACAGCGAGGAGUUAAAGUUCGACGAAAACGGGAACCCCAACAUCGGCCAGAGGAUCCUGAUGUGGAACAAGCAGGUGCCCGUGUCCCAGUGCUCCCAGGAGUGCCGGGACGGACAGGUGCGCCGGGUCAAAGGGUUCCACUCCUGCUGCUUUGACUGCCUGGACUGCCAGGCCGGCACCUUCCAGAACAACAGCGAGGAUUUCCAGUGCACUCAAUGCCCCGCUGGCCUGUGGUCGACCACCAGGAGCAGGCGCUGCUCCCGCCCAACCUUCACCUUCCUAGACUGGGGCGACUACGUCUCCCUUGCGCUGCUGCUGGUGACCUGCGCCCUGUUGCUGUGCGUGGCCUACGUGGCCCUCCUCUUCCUCAGGCACUACCAGAGCCCCCUGGUGCGGGCCUCGGGGGGGCCCCUGAGCCUGCUGGCCCUGCUGGGCCUGGCAUGCAGCUCCUGCAGCGUGGUUCUGUUCCUGGGCAGCCCCAGUGAUCUGGUGUGCCUCCUGCAGCAGCCAGUCUCCGCACUCAGCUCUGUGCUCACAAGCUCCGCCCUGCUCGCCAUGUCCCUGCAGGUGAUCUGUGUAACAGAUUUCCCACAGCUCUCUGCCUCACGCCUGGGCUGGGUCCAGGGGCUGGGCAGCUGGCUGGUGGUUGCCGUGGGGACCUGCCUGCAGGGCGGGGUCUGUGUGUGGUACAUUCUGAACAGCCGGCCCCUCUCCCAGCAUGUGGCCCAGAAGGAGGUGUCCUUCUCCAGCACUUUCCUGCGCUGCCAGACGGAGCCCAUGGACGGCUUCGGGCUGAUGCUGGGCUGCAACGGGCUGCUGUCUCUGGUCUUGUUCAUGAGCACCUUCAUGGCCCAGAAGCCCCCCAAGCAGUACAACAUGGCCCGGGACAUCACCUUCUCCACGCUAGCCCACUGCGUGGUCUGGGUGGUCUUCAUUCCCAUCUACACCGGCCUCUCGGAGCAGGGCAAGUCCGUGGCUCAGAUGGUUGCCAUCCUGCUGGGGAACAUCGGGAUCGUGGCCAACUACUUCCUGCUCAAGUGCCACCUGCUCCUGACCCAGCCGGCUCUCAACACUCUGGAGCACUUCCAGAUCUACAUCGAGGGACCUGCGGCACGGACACAGUCAGAGGAGGAGGAGGGGGUGGUGAAGGAGGGGCAGGAAGGGGAGAAAGAGGGGCAGAAGGAAGGGGAGAAGGAAGGGGAGAAAGAGGGGGAGAAGGAAGGGGAGGUCAACCUGGAGAUCGCAGGUUCCACACCAGGCUACCGUGCCCGGGGAUACCUAGGGGCUGCGCACAAUUGGCCAAGCGCCGCCCGGAAACCCAACGAGUUUCAGCAUCUUCCCAUUCCUUCCAAGAAACCCAACGAGUUUCCGCAUCUUCCCAUUCCUUCCAAGAAACCCAAAGAGUUUCCGCAUCUUCCCAUUCCUUCCAAGAAACCCAACAAGUUUCAGCAUCUUCCCAUUGCUUCCAAGAAACCCAAUGACUUUCAGCAUCUUCCCAUUCCUUCCAAGAAACCCAACGACUUUCAGCACCUUCCCAUUCCUUCCAAGAAACCCAACGACUUUCAGCAUCUUCCCAUUCCUUCCAAGAAAGUUGCUUCCAUGAAAUCUCAUGCCAGUUUUCAGCCGAACUGCAGCUGCGUGUUCGAAGACGAAUCGCACUGCCGUCAUGUUACAGGCACAGUGGAGAUCUGGAGGUUACUUCAAACCUCGCAGAACGACUGA